AUGGACUUCGUUUCAGAAAAGGAAUUGGAAAAGCAGAAACAAGAAAAAGGUAUAAUUUAUGGUUUAUUUUAAAGUUUGAUUUCUUUAUAUCUACUUGUAUAUUUGGUAAUUUUCCGAACUUUUAGAAGGAGAAGAAGAAUAUGAUCCACGACCAUUGUAUGAAAGGCUAAAGGCUGCCAAAGAGCUAAAACAGGAAGAGAUAGAUGCAGAAACAGCUGAUGGUAUGUUGUUUUAUUUUUUUGUGUUUAGCUUUUAGGGUUUUACUCAUUUUGAUAUUUUAGCGGCUAAGAUUGGGUUAGAAGACGAUGAAGUUGACUUUCUACAUUCUGUGGCGAAAUUAAAGUACGAAAAAGAAAGCAGCAAGAAGAAGGUAAUCAUAUUAUAUGAUUUUUAUACAGUUUAGAGUCUUAUUUAUUUUUAGAGAAUCAUAACUUGUAGAAAGCAUGGUUAACUGUCUUAUAUUGUACUUUCUAGUGAAAACGUUAAUAAGUUUAAUUUUUAGGAAGAACAGGCUUUGUUUGAGCAACAACGAAGGGUGUUACAGCAGCAAGAUAAACCUACAACAUCAGUUAUUAAUCUUACAGCACCAAAAAUGAAAGCUGGAGCGCUUUUAGCUAACAAAAAGGCUACAAAUUGUCUUGGCUUAAUACGAAAACGGUAAAUUUUGAACUUUUUUACAUUUUACUUCAUUUUUGUUUUAUUCUUUUACUGAUUUGUUCUACCGGUCGGAAAGUCAUGGAUCAGGGUAAAAAAUCGGAUGGGUUAGGUUUAUACAAAGCAUUUUUUAUUUUUUUAUUUAAAUUUUAUUAUUUAAAUUAUGGAUAAUUUUAGCAAACUCUCAGGCGAAAAUGAAGAAGUAGUAACUGAAAAGAAAGUUGUGGCUACGCCGGCUGUUGGUGUGCUACAGAAAUGUGGAGGAUAUCCGACAACUUUGAUCCAGGCUGGUGUUUUACCUGGUGUUGGGAUGUAUGAUUCAGAGUAAGUUUUUUUUACUUAUUUUUUUGUAAUUUAGGCGUAAAUAGCUACAUUUGUUAUUGAAACUGAUUGUUGGGGGUUUUUUGCAGCAAGAUGUAUAUUAUGAUGGAUUUCAUAGACUGUAAGACAAUUUAAUGCGACGUCAUGACGAAGUUAAAUUUUUUUACUGUCUUUUUGUACAAUUAUUCGUUUUUUUCAAGAAUAAAAAUACUGUUUUUUCAGUUCGGAAAGCUCGGAUGAUGAUAUAGAUGACUCGUUGACAUUGCCUGCUGUAUCUCCAUCUGUUUCAACUCCAAAGGCCAAUAAAAGUUGCAGUAACUCAUCCUUGAACACUUCUGCUUCAGCAUAA